AGAGGUUCCCAAAAACUGGCAGUAACUUCAGGGUGCCCUUCUGUAGUUAAAAACUAUGUUUGCAGGAUAAACUUUGAAUAGUUAACUAUGAAAUAAAUUAACUCUUUUUAAAGCUGCAAGAGUGGGGGUAAUUUUCUGGCUGGUUGCUUUUAUCAGACGUUCCUCAGCAGCAGCCUGUGACUGUAUGAGAUCAUUCAUUGGGUUAGGUGCAAUAAGCUGGGAUGCCCAGGCAAAUAAUGUGAGAGACCUUGUAGAGUGCAAGCAAUAGAUAAGCUUGCAAAUUCAGGUCCCAAGCUGUUAAAACUACUAUGUGGCUUAAUUUACAGUUUUGAGUUCCUAAUCUGAACAAGAAAAUAAGUAUUUUCAGUUAAGAAAACACUACUCUAAAUUAAUUUCUACAGAAUAUAAAGGCUGUGUUACUGUUGGUAUAUUUUUUCCCCAAAAAUUGAUCUAAUAUUUCUUUAAUUGUUUUAUUCACUUCUUAUUUUUCAGGAGUCUUUGAAAAGUCCUUAGUGGUCAUGACAUUGUUACAAGUGACAUAAAUUAGCCAGUGGCUCAGAAUGAUGGAUACCCAGAAGACUACAAAUGGUUUGCAAGUGAUUGGAGAAGGGACUGGUAUAGGGAAAUCGACACUCCACAUGGUGGGGUAUUUGGGAAAAACCUCUAACCUUGUGGAAACAACUGCAGAUGAAUAUUGUCCAGUCUGCAAAGAGAAGGGGCAGAUCCACCUUUUACGGACUUACCGCAUUAAUUUUCAAGAGUCCAUUUUCCUUUGUGAAAAUCCUCAGUGUAUCUACCCACUUGGUUAUAAACCGUUAAACAGUAUAAUUACUUCUGCUGAUACAGAAAAUCACCAAGUUUCACCUACUCAUAAGAAAAGGAAAUUGUUUGUUAUCAGUGACUUGUCUCCUGUUGAAUCACAUCCAAAAAAAGCAAGAACUAAUAAUGUGAAUGUUGAGUGCAGCAUUAAUGCAGACUCUGUUGCCAAAGGCUAUCCAAAUAGUUUCUGUAUUCCCAAGUCAAGCCCACAUGACGUGUUGCAAAAUGACCAGCGAAAACCUGCUAACAGUGUGGAGUCCCGUCUGCAGAAGGUCGAUUUUGAAACAACCACCAACACCAACAGCUAUCAGGAAGGUCCAACAAAGACUUCUAGUCCCAGAACACAGCCCUUGGCAAAUUCUGAGCUUUGCUCAGCAGCAUCUGAAGUUUUACUUGAAGAUGAUAAAGGUUCCGCUAGUAACAAGGAUUUGUGUCUUCAGUGGAGAAACAGACAUAAGCUUUGCUGGUUGGAUUGUAUUUUGUCAGCACUCGUGCACUUAGAAACACUAAAAUUUACUCUGGCAAAAGAAUAUAAUGGUGAAACAUCUUUACUCCAGAAACUCUUAACAAAAUAUGAUCAAGCAACUGUGCUUCUGAAUAGCUGUAAAAAGAACAAAGUAAAAGAGGUGCUUCCAAAAGCAGAAUCUCAUCUCAUUGAAAUCAGAAAUAGAAUGUUUACACAGCUUCAGCCUCAGCUUAAGUGUGAAUUGGGUAAGGAGGAAAGUCCAGUGUUUGCUCUGCCUCUACUCUUAAGAAUGGAUCAACAAGCUGAGAAACUAUUCUUGCAUUCAUUUUCAGUGAAGUUUGAAUGUGUGUGCUGUGGCUGCAAAGAGCAGAACUGGUUUAGGAAAACGCUAACAACAUUCACAAAUAUAAUCCCUGAUUGGCACCCACUUAAGGCGGUUUAUGUUGGACCAUGUAAUAACUGUAAUGACAGAUGCCAAAGAAGACAGAUGAUUUUGGAAAAAGUACCCUCAAUAUUAAUGUUACAUUUUGUUGAGGGAUUGCCACAUAACAACCUGGAGAACUAUUCAUUUCAGUUUGAGGGAGGCACCUACCAAAUAACAUCUGUUGUUCAGUAUCAGACAGAUAAGAAGCACUUCAUAACCUGGUCUUUGAAUCCUGAUGGAACUUGGCUUGAAUGUGACGAUUUAAAGGGGCCAUAUUGCAGGAGACAUAAAAGAUUUGAAGUUCCUCCUUCAGAGAUUCAUAUUGUUAUCUGGGAAAAGAAAACAUCCCACAUAUCAGAAGAACCAAAUUCACGUGUUCAGACUAAAAAUACUGAAGAUUUUCCUCUCAAUAAUGUACGGUUGAAUUCCACAGUGCUGCACUGUGCUGAUAAUGCUGUAGACAACACAACUGCAGAACACUGCAAAGAGGACUCUGUAAGAACUCCAGAUAAGGAACAGCAGUGGGUACCUGAGGAUGAAACUACUGUUCACAAUGGUUUAGAAAAUCUGGCACAUGAUGACCUUAUAACCCUGACACUUGAAGAAAUUGAAGUUGACUCAGAAGGUAAAUUGCUGCCGAACGGACAGAUGGUGAGGAAUAACCUUGUCGAAAUGGGCACACUGCAACAGCAGGAAUCGGCUUUUUCACCUAACACCCCAUAUACAAGAGAGUUUGAUGGAGCUAUCAACAAUAAAUGCAUGUUAUAUGAAAAUUCCAGUAUUUGCUUACCUCUAGAAGAGUUAAACCCAGAAAAUCUUGCCUCUCCUGUGCCCAAAAUACAGAACCCUGACCCACGGGACUCAUUACAUGCUCUCAGAGCAGAUAGCAGAACUAAUUUACCUAACAGAGAACAUGGAUUAAAUUCAGAACUACAGCUGAGCAAGAAGUUGUCACCAGUCAAGGGUGUUACACAACAAUCGCUUGACUUGAAAGAUGCAAGCAAAAUCGUAGGUAAUUCUCAGGUUGUCAUUUCCACUGCCAAUAAAUCUUUUCAGCCUUCACACAAAGACCAAAAAAAAGGAUUUGUAGGAAGUUGGGUCACAAAAUUAUUAAGCAAGAAUACUUCUUUUGUAUCUUCAAGUGCCUCAUCUCUCAAGAAUCAGAGAAGCUGCAAAUCUCCCUCAAUGCAAAAAAUAAGUGAAGUGCAGUUGCCAGUUAAGGGAGCAAGUAAUUUUGGUGGAUUUCAAAGCAGAGGUACAGCCAAGACAACGGAGACCUCAAAGCCAGUGGUUCCUCAGAGUGGUAACGCUCCUCCUUUACCAAAUUUCAAAGGAUUUCCUCAAAGCACUCGUCUUCCAACAGCAAGUCACACCAGCUUUUCAGGUCUGGCUUGGAAUAAGUCAGGAAUUACACUGGAUACCUUGGGUAAAGUGACUCAGCCUCAUUCACCUGGCCGUAACUCUGUGAAGGCAGAAGAGUCAGAUAGUGACAAAACAAAAAAACUUCGCCUAAAACUGUUGAAAAAACUUAAUGCUAAGAGGAAGAAGUUGGCUUCACUGGAUAGGCUAGCAGUGGAACAGAUGAAACAGGAGAAACCUGUAAGCGGUGAUGUAAGCAUCCCGUCACAGACUGCAUCUCACAACGACAGUGAAUUGCUGCAGAGCCUUUUGAGCGAGCUGCAGUAUCAGAUUGAUGCUGCAGACAGUGAAUCAGGGUGCACUAGCCAUAGUAACAGCGAUGAAAUACUGGCAGAACUACUGUCCCCUACUUCAACUGUUGCUUCAUUAGAGGCUCCCAAAAGCGAAGAGGAAUGCAUGUAUAUGGAAAUGGUGGAUAGCAGUGUUCCAGUGGCAGUGUCUGAUGAGCAGAGCAACGUGUCACAUACAGCAGCGACAAGUGAGGAUCACAAUUAUUACAGUCCCGUAAAGAACAACCACUUGGAACUUCUUACAGUAAGCAAACCCAAUGUGAAAAAACUUGCUUUUGAAAGCCCUAUCAGGGAAGAUAUCUUUGAGGACUUCUUCUCCAUUUCAGCACCGAGCUCAAUGGCAGGUGACAUAGAUUUACCUCAUUUUGAUGAAACUCUGUUUGAAACUUGGUAACUCUUCAGUGUCUUGGUUUUAAGUAUUUUUCAAUGUGACAUAUAUUUUGAAGCAAAGCACUAUUAAAUUAUAUUUUCUAGUUUAAUUGCACCCUGGCUGUACUUGAACAAUGUACAUUUGAGGCAUUUUUUUCUUAAAAUGUUAUUGUAGCCAACAAAGAAGGUUUUAAUGCAUUUUAUGUUUGUGAGAAGCAGGCUUUUUAGCUGCCAGAUAUGAAGAUUUUUAAUUACAAGCUGCUUUUAAUGUGGGCAACCUAACCCAUGUUCUACUGAGUUUGAGAAAUAAUAAAUUUCAGUAGUUUAUUUAGGUAGUAGUGAUUUACAGGACCACCCAACCCAUGGAGUUAUUUUGUUCAACAUUAAAGAAAAAAACUUUCUGUAAUCAGAGAUGUGUAUCCUUUGAUACAAAGAGCAUCUGCAACAAGAGAGGCAGUCAUUCUGUGUUCAGAGUGACUGUUCUAUAAGCUCACCCUGGUGUAUACACCCCUUGGAUCCAUGGAAGGAUGGAUACAUGGUAGAAAUUUUCCUACGUAUAGCUGCAGCAUGUGCUGAGUUUUCAUGCUGGGUAAAUGAAAACAUAAUUUGUCAGAAUAUUCUUCUGAGCCUGGUUAUUUUUCAGGUCCUCAGCCUUACUCUACCAAUAGGUGCAGUUCAACAUAAUUGUUAUUACAAGGCAUGGCUACAGAUUUAAAUGGUCUUGGAUUGCUUCAAACAGAUUUAAAAAGUACUUGAAGAACUGUCAGCAGUGCUGAACUCACCCUGCCAAGGUGUUUCUGUUGCAAUUAGGUACAUAUUUAUCAAACUGGCACUUCAGGCAAUAAAUGGCUUCAUUCUUGAAAUGCAAAUCUUUGGAAAGAACUGGAGUUCCUUGUUUGUUUUAAAUGCUGUUAUUGGUAACAUUGCAAUCAAAAACAGGUGAAUGGAUUCUGAAUGUAAAGUGCUAGUGUGCUGCUGAUGAAACUCUUUUGCCUGUUUGUGAAUUCCUUUAUUAAAAAAUGAAAAGCUGACCAAA